UUCCUAACCCCCCAUCAUCAUUCCUCAUCUUCCUCCCUAUUUAACCUCAAACUUCCCUCCUCAUUUUCCUUAAUUAGCUCUUCCCAUUCUCAAAACAAUCAUGUCUAUUUUCUUACUCUUCUCCUUCCUCCUCCUCCUCUCCCCUUCCGCCUUCGCCUCCGAGACUGGAAAGAUUGGGAUCAAUUACGGAAGAAUAGCGGACAACCUUCCGACGCCGGAAAAGGUGGUACAACUCCUGAAAACACAAGGAAUAACACGUGCGAAGCUCUACGACACCGACUCCGCCGUAUUAAAAGCCUUCUCUGGCUCGGGAAUCGCCCUGACAGUCGCCCUACCCAACGAGAAUCUAACCGCGGCAGCCGGUAGUCAGUCAUUUACAGACACAUGGGUGCAAAACAACAUCCUACCUUACCAACCGGAUUCGAAAAUCGUCGCUAUCGCCGUCGGAAACGAGGCGAAUGUCGACUCAAAAGUUACCUCUUAUGUCGUACCCGCCAUGUCCAACAUGUACGCCAGCCUACAGAAAUAUUCCGUCUCCGAUAUUAAGAUAUCGUCGCCCAUUUCUUUUUCGGUUUUGCAGAAUUCGUACCCGUCUUCAGCCGGGUCGUUUAAGGAGGAGCUUAUGGAAUCGUUUAUUCAACCCAUGCUUGAAUUUUUGAAGAAAACUAAGUCUUACAUGAUGGUUAAUGCUUACCCGUUUUUUGCUUAUUCGGGUAAUUCGGAUGAGAUUUCGUUGGAUUAUGCCUUGUUUAAGCCCAAUUCUGGUGUUGUGGAUUUGGGUAAUGGGCUUAAAUAUGAAAGCCUCUUUGAAGCCCAAUUGGAUGCUGUGUAUGCUGCUAUGGCACUUCUCAAAUACAAUGACCUCAAAAUUGUUGUCACUGAAACAGGUUGGCCAUCACAAGGUGAUGAAAAUGAAAUUGGGGCGGGUAGCUCAAAUGCUGCGGCCUACAACGGAAACUUAAUCAAAAGAGUCUUAACCGGUGGUGGGACCCCUUUAAGGCCCAAUGAUACAUUGGAUGUUUACUUGUUUGCUUUGUUUAACGAGAAUCAAAAGCCCGGCCCAACAAGUGAGAGAAACUAUGGGCUCUUUUACCCAACUGAGCAAAAAGUCUAUGAUGUCCCUCUCACAAUGUCUAAAGUGGUGGCGGAAGGACCGGUGGCUGAAGCGGUGGCACCACCAGUCGCUGAAGCGGUUGCCCCGGUUGCAGAGGCUGUGGCACCCGUUGCGGGGGUGGUAGCGCCUGUAUCAGAUAGUAAGGUAGUGGUCCCAAAGGUGGGCCAGAGUUGGUGUGUGGCUAAUGAGGCCGUUGAGCAAAAGAAGUUGCAAGCCGGGCUUGAUUGGGCCUGUGGUCAGGGAAAAGCGGACUGCCGGCCGAUUCAGCCCGGUGCCACAUGUUACAAUCCUGGAAACCUUGUGGCACAUGCUUCGUAUGCUUUCAACAGUUACUAUCAAAAAAUGACACGUGCUUCUGGUACGUGUGAAUUUGGUGGAGCUGCUCAUGUUGUCACCCAAACUCCUAAAUUUGGAAGUUGCGUGUUUCCUACUGGAAAUUGAUGAGAAUGAAGGAUAUAAAUUGAAUUUUCAAGAAUAUUUUGUAUUUUGGGUCUCGUUAGUAUAGUACUAGUGUUAACUAUAUAAUCAAGUGAUUUAUUCAUUAGCUAGUAAAUUUUGUUUUAGAGAACAUAGAAUUGAUAGUAAGUAUAUUCUUUCACAUUUUUAUAAUUUUAUAUGUACCUAAUUAUUAUUUCCUACUCUAGUUAUGAAUUUUUUGGUAUAUACUUAUGAAUCAUUUUUUCUUUUUUCAUUA